AUGGCGGUGGCCAAGCUGUACACGCAGGUAGGAGGGUCGGCCGACCUGCGCGAGCGGAGCCCGCCCGGCGCUAACGCUGACUGUGCCUGCGCACAGGCCACACCUGUACACCUGGCGCGGGACGGGCUGGCGGCGGCCACAGGGCGCCGCGGCGGACAGCGGGCUCAGGGCUCCGGAGGGACCGGUCCCUGCCGCGGGGAAGGCACCCCCCGGGAGCCUGGGUCCCCCGGGGACGGGCAGGCCGAGUGGGAGGGGCUGCCUUCUCAGGGCGGGGGCUUCCCGGGGCGCAGGGGGCGCACGUACGUCCCCGUCUCCCGCGACUGGAGCACAGCGCCCUCUUCCUCCCCCGCCACCAGUGGACGUAGAAGCCGCAGACGCAGCGGACACAGCAACAGCAGUGGUGGCAUCCCGGAGGUGGGGGCCACUGUGGAUCAGAGCUACUCGUCCUUUAUGCGUAAGCCCAUAACCCAGGACCCCUGGUACAACAGGGUUUGGAUUCCUGAUCCUGAAGAAGUUUGGAAGUCUGCUGAAAUAGCAAAGGACUACAGAGUUGGUGACAAAGUGCUGCAACUCUUGCUGGAGGAUGGAACGGAGCUGGAUUACUCCAUUGAUCCAGAAUCUCUGCCUCCACUUCGGAAUCCUGACAUCCUCGUGGGUGAGAAUGACCUCACGGCCCUCAGCUAUCUCCACGAGCCUGCGGUUCUCCACAAUCUCAGGAUCCGCUUUGCAGAAUCCAAACUCAUUUACACCUACAGCGGAAUCAUUUUGGUGGCCAUGAAUCCUUACAAGCAGUUGCCGAUAUAUGGAGAUGCCAUCAUCCAGGCCUACAGCGGGCAGAACAUGGGCGACAUGGACCCUCACAUAUUUGCCGUGGCAGAAGAGGCAUACAAGCAGAUGGCCAGAAACAACAGAAAUCAGUCAAUAAUUGUAAGUGGAGAGUCGGGUGCUGGAAAGACAGUAUCAGCUCGGUACGCCAUGAGGUACUUCGCCACCGUCAGCAAGUCGAGCAGUAACGCACACGUGGAGGACAAGGUGCUGGCGUCCAACCCCAUCACCGAGGCUGUUGGAAAUGCCAAGACCACCCGCAAUGACAACAGUAGUCGCUUUGGGAAAUACACAGAAAUCAGUUUUGAUGAGAGAAAUCAAAUUAUAGGAGCCAACAUGAGAACUUACCUCCUGGAAAAAUCCAGAGUCGUCUUUCAAUCGGAAAACGAACGAAAUUACCACAUUUUCUAUCAGCUUUGUGCAUCUGCACAGCAGUCGGAAUUUAAACAUCUUAAAUUGGGGAGUGCAGAAGAAUUUAAUUACACAAGAAUGGGAGGCAACACUGUCAUUGAGGGUGUGAAUGACAGAGCCAACAUGGUAGAGACUCAGAAGACCUUUGUGCUACUGGGUUUGAAGGAAGAUUUCCAGAUGGAUAUUUUUAAGGUGCUGGCAGCCAUCCUGCAUCUGGGAAACGUGCAGAUCACCGCAGUGGGCAACGAGAGGUCCUCAGUUAGCGAGGAUGACAGUCAUCUGGAGGUAUUCUGUGAGCUCCUGGGCCUGGAGAGUAGCAAAGUGGCCAAGUGGCUGUGCAAUCGCAAAAUCAUCACAACCUCCGAGACAGUGGUGAAACCCAUGACCAGGCCCCAGGCUGUCAAUGCCAGGGACGCACUGGCCAAAAAGAUCUAUGCGCACCUGUUCGACUUCGUUGUGGAGAAAAUUAACCAAGCAUUGCAGUUCUCAGGCAAGCAGCACACUUUUAUUGGUGUUUUGGACAUUUAUGGUUUUGAAACCUUUGAUGUGAACAGCUUUGAACAAUUUUGCAUCAAUUACGCUAAUGAAAAACUGCAACAACAGUUUAACCUGCAUGUCUUUAAACUUGAACAAGAAGAAUAUAUGAAGGAAGAUAUCCCUUGGACUCUGAUAGAUUUUUAUGACAAUCAACCAGUUAUUGACCUGAUUGAAGCAAAAAUGGGCAUUUUGGAGUUACUGGAUGAAGAAUGCUUGUUACCACAUGGAACUGAUGAAAACUGGCUUCAAAAGCUGUAUAAUAAUUUUGUCAACAAGAACUCUCUGUUUGAAAAGCCUAGAAUGUCAAACACAUCCUUUAUCAUCCAGCACUUUGCUGACAAGGUAGAGUAUAAAUGUGAAGGUUUCCUUGAGAAGAACAGAGACACUGUCUAUGACAUGCUGGUUGAAAUCCUGAGAGCGAGCAAGUUUCAUCUCUGUGCCAACUUUUUUCAAGAAAAUCCAGUUCCUUCUUCCCCUUUCGGUUCAAUGAUCACAGUUAAAUCUGCAAAGCAAGUCAUCAAGCCAAACAGCAAGCAUUUCCGGACCACAGUUGGAAGCAAGUUCCGCAGCUCCCUGUACUUGCUCAUGGAGACCCUCAAUGCCACGACGCCCCACUAUGUUCGCUGUAUCAAGCCUAAUGAUGAGAAAUUGCCCUUUGAGUUUGACUCCAAAAGAAUCGUUCAGCAACUGCGAGCCUGUGGCGUUUUAGAAACAAUUCGCAUCAGUGCACAGAGCUACCCUUCCAGGUGGACGUACAUCGAGUUCUACAGUCGCUACAGCAUCCUCAUGACCAAGCCAGAGCUCUCCUGUGGUGACAAGAAGGAGGUGUGCAAGGUGGUUUUACACAGGCUCAUCCAGGAUUCUAAUCAGUACAAAUUUGGUAAAACGAAAAUCUUCUUCAGAGCAGGACAAGUAGCUUAUUUAGAGAAACUCCGGUUAGAUAAACUGAGGCAGGGUUGUGUUGUGAUACAAAAGCACAUCCGUGGCUGGCUCCAGAGGAAAAAAUUCCUCCGAGAGAGACAAGCUGCCCUGAUAAUCCAGCAGUACUUCCGGGGUCAGAAAACCAUGAGGAAAGCUAUUACUGCAACAGCCUUAAAAGAAGCAUGGGCAGCCAUAGUCAUUCAGAAGCACUGCCGCGGGUAUCUCGUUCGCAGUCUAUACCAGCUGAUCCGUGUCACCACCAUCACCGUCCAGGCCUACACCCGAGGAUUCCUGGCGCGGAGGAGGUAUCGAAAGAUGCUGGAGGAACACAAGGCUGUGAUCCUUCAGAAAUACGCACGGGCAUGGCUGGCCAGGCGCAGAUUCCAGAAUAUCCGACGAUUCGUGCUCAACAUUCAGCUUACUUACAGGGUCCAGCGUUUGCAGAAAAAGCUGGAAGAUCAAAACAAAGAGAACCACGGGCUGGUGGAGAAGCUGACCAGCCUGGCCACUCUUCGGGCCAGUGAUGUGGAAAAGGUUCAGAAGCUGGAAGCAGAACUGGAAAGAGCAGCCACGCAGAGGCAGAGUUCCGAGGAGAAGGGGAGGAGAUACAGGGAAGCCGUGGAAGAGAAAUUGGCAAAGCUUCAGAAGCAUAAUUCAGAACUGGAAAUACAGAAAGAGCAAAUGCAGAUGAAGCUUCGGGAGAAGACUGAGGAGUUGAAAGAAAAAAUGGACAACCUCACCAAGCAGCUCUUUGAUGAUGUGCAGAAAGAAGAACGACAAAGAACACUUCUUGAAAAAGAUUUUGAGCUGAAAACACAAGACUAUGAGAAGCAGAUCCAGUCUUUGAAAGAAGAAAUUAAAGCUCUCAAGGAAGAGAAGAUGCAGCUUCACCUGCAGCUGGGGAAGGAGCGCGUCACCUGUGAUGGCUUGAAGGGGGAAGUGUCCCGACUGAGCAAACAGGCACAGACAAUCUCUGAGUUCAAAAAGGAGAUAGAGCUACUUCAAACACAGAAGAUAGAUGUGGAAAAACAUGUGCAGUCGCAAAAACGGGAAAUGAGAGAAAAGAUGUCAGAGAUCACUAAACAACUUCUUGAAAGCUAUGACAUUGAAGAUGUAAGAAGCAGGCUCUCUGUGGAAGACUUGGAGCAUUUAAAUGAGGAUGGAGAACUCUGGUUUGCUUAUGAGGGACUAAAGAAGGCAACGCGUGUUUUGGAAAGCCAUUUCCAGACGCAGAAGGAGUGCUAUGAAAAAGAGAUUGAAGCUCUGAACUUCAAAGUGGUGCAUCUAAGUCAAGAAAUCAACCACCUGCAGAAUUUAUUCAGAGAAGAGAAUGAUAUCAAUGCAAGUAUCCGUCAUGAAGUUGCCAGGCUAACAUCAGAAAACAUGAUGAUCCCAGACUUUAAACAGCAAAUUUCAGAACUGGAGAAACAGAAGCAAGAUCUUGAAAUUCGCCUGAAUGAACAAACUGAGAAAAUGAAAGGAAAACUAGAAGAAUUGUCUAAUCAGUUAAAUCACAAUCAAGAAGAAGGAACACCAAGAAAGGUCAUAGCAGGCCAAAAUGAAAUACACACCAAAGAGAAUGAGAAGCUGAUAAAUAAGAUUCAAGAAAUUCAGGAGACCAGCGAGUGUUUGAAGAAACAAUUUGAAACAGAAAGUGAAGUCAAGAGUAAUUUCCAGCAGGAAGCAUCUCGUCUCAUGUUGGAAAACAGGGAUCUUGAAGAAGAGUUAGACAUGAAGGACAGAGUGAUUAAAAAGCUACAAGAUCAAGUCAAGACUCUAACAAAGACAAUUGAAAAAGCCAAUGAUGUGCACUUGCCCUCAGGACCCAAGGAGCACCUUGGAAUGCUGGAAUACAAGAGAGAAGACGAGGCCAAACUCAUUCAGAACCUCAUUCUUGACUUGAAGCCCCGAGGUGUGGUGGUGAACAUGAUCCCUGGGCUGCCGGCUCACAUCCUGUUCAUGUGUGUACGCUACGCAGACUCUCGCAAUGAUGCCGACAUGCUGAAGUCCUUCAUGAACAGCGCCAUUAAUGGCAUCAAGCAGGUGGUUAAGGAACAUUUAGAAGACUUUGAGAUGUUGUCCUUUUGGCUUUCCAAUACUUGUCAUUUCCUCAAUUGCCUGAAACAGUACAGUGGAGAAGAGGAAUUCAUGAAGCAUAACAAUCCACGUCAGAAUAAGAACUGCUUGAACAAUUUUGACCUUUCAGAAUACAGACAGAUUCUUAGUGAUGUGGCUAUACGAAUAUAUCAUCAGUUUAUUGUUGUAAUGGAAAAUAAUCUCCAACCAAUAAUAGUGCCAGGCAUGCUAGAGUAUGAGAGUCUGCAGGGCAUUUCUGGCCUGAAGCCCACAGGCUUCCGGAAGCGGUCGUCCAGCAUAGACGACACUGAUGCCUACACGAUGACCUCCGUCCUGCAGCAGCUGAGCUACUUCUAUAGUACCAUGUGCCAGAAUGGCCUGGACCCUGAGCUCGUGAGGCAGGCUGUGAAGCAACUCUUCUUCCUGAUUGGGGCUGUCACACUGAACAGCCUCUUCCUGCGCAAGGACAUGUGCUCCUGCAGAAAAGGGAUGCAGAUAAGGUGCAACAUCAGCUACUUAGAAGAAUGGCUUAAAGAUAAGAAUUUACAAAAUAGCUUAGCCAAGGAAACUUUGGAGCCCCUCUCUCAGGCAGCCUGGUUGCUUCAGGUCAAGAAGACCACAGACAGUGAUGCCAAGGAGAUCUAUGAAUGCUGCACCUCCCUGUCUGCUGUGCAGAUCAUAAAGAUCCUUAAUUCAUACACACCUAUAGAUGACUUCGAGAAAAGAGUGACUCCAUCCUUUGUUCGCAAAGUACAGGCUCUCCUAAAUAACCGGGAGGAUUCAUCACAGUUGAUGUUGGAUACCAAAUAUCUCUUUCAAGUCACGUUUCCUUUUACCCCCUCUCCGUAUGCUCUGGAAAUGAUCCAGAUCCCCAGCAGUUUUAAGCUAGGCUUUCUCAAUAGAUUAUAG